CAGGCCUCUGCGCAGGCGCACUAGCGGCCGCCGGGAGCGCUUCCGCCUCCCCGCCGUCGCCAUGGCCGCGCCCGCCCCGGGCCUCAUCUCGGUCUUCUCGAGCCCGCAGGAGCUGGGCGCGUCGCUGGCGCAGCUGGUGGUCCAGAGGGCGGCGUGUUGCCUAGAAGGGCCCCGCGCCCGCUUCGCUCUCGGGCUGUCGGGCGGUAGCCUCGUGUCGAUGCUGGCCCGUGACCUGCCCGCCGCCGCCGCCGCCGCUGGACCCGCCAGCCUCGCGCGCUGGACGCUGGGCUUCUGCGACGAGCGCCUGGUGCCCUUCGAGCACGCCGAGAGCACGUACGGCCUCUACCGGACGCACCUGCUGUCCAGACUGCCGGUCCCCGACAGCCAGGUCAUCACCAUCGACCCCCAGCUGCCCGUGGAGGCAGCGGCCGAGGACUAUGCCAGGAAGCUGAGGCAGGCCUUCCAGGGAGACACCAUUCCCGUGUUUGACCUGCUGCUCCUGGGCGUGGGCCCCGACGGCCACACCUGCUCGCUCUUCCCGGACCACCCACUGCUGCAGGAGCGGGACAGGAUCGUGGCCCCCGUCAGCGACUCCCCAAAGCCCCCCCCGCAGCGGGUGACCCUGACCCUGCCCGUGCUGAACGCAGCCAGGACGGUGGUGUUUGUGGCGACCGGGGAGGGCAAGGCGGCCGUGCUGAAGCGCAUCCUGGAGGACAGGGACGCAGCGCCGCUGCCAGCCGGCCUGGUGCGGCCACACACGGGGACGCUGUGCUGGCUGCUGGACGAGGCGGCCGCGCGCCUCCUGUCCGUGCCCUUCGAGAAGCACUCCACGCUGUAGCCGCGCAGGUCGCAGUGGGCCAGGACAGGCGCGCAGGGCGGCGGCCGAGAGCCACCCAUGUGGUGCGCCCUGCACCGGGUCGGGACGCGGGAGAUUAAAGGGCGUUGCCGGAAACCCAGA